GUUAGGCACAGCCCGUGAGGACCAGAGAUGACAGUGUAGACCCCUAAGCGGAGCCAAAAUGGGGCCACCUGGGUAUGGGCCCGGGGCGCGGACCCGACAGGUGUUUCCACCUCAACCUUCCUCAGAUUCUGAGCCAGAAACAGAGAGAGUUGGUGGUGGUGUCACUCAGCCCAGGACAGAUGAGCUGUUGGGUUUUCUCCAGCCAGGCAAGGAAAUGGUAGCUGUCUCAAGUUCAGCUGAGGGGUAUUAUGACACACUGCAGGCACUCAAGAUGGAAAACAGACAGUAUCUAUUAGAACUGGGCUUGCUCUACCAGGUAAAAUUGGAGAAUGACCAGAAACCCUUCAAGGAGGAACUGGAAGACUUCUUCCAAGACAACGGGAGAUUGACUCUGCAGGGCAAGCCCUAUGAGGCUUCAAGAUCUAGUAUCACAAGCCAGUCCAGUUCUUUAACUGACCUAAACUUGGACAGUCCUUGGGAUCAGCAAAAUCCUCUCUCACUUCCUCAGUCCCACCUGAGGCCAAAGAGUGCUGCAUCUGCCUGGGUCUCUACUAUCACCAUCCCCCAGCCCUUCAGGAUGACUCUGCGUGAAGCACAUAAAAAGCCCCAGUUGAUGAAAUCACGUGCAUCCCUUGAGCUGGAAAAACGAAGGGACAAAAGACAAAGUCAGGAGGAAGCAGAGUGCCAGAAGCAGUUCCGCGCACAGCCGGUGCCUGCCCAUGUUUACUUGCCACUCUACCAGGAAAUAAUGGAGCAGAAUGAGAUUCGCAGGGAGGUGGCAACACAGAAGAGAAAAGAGUUGCUCCUUUCCACUCAGCGACCCUUCAGCUUCCUAGAGAAGGAGGACAGGAAGGAGGAGGCCAUCAGACAGAAGAUCUUGGCAGCACGGGCUCCAGUUGAGAACUCCAAACCAAAGGGCAACAAGACAGUCCCUAAAUUCAUCUAUAACCCAGUUCUUGGGGAUAAACUCAAAGAAGCUGAACUCUACAGGAAAAUUCGCAUUCAGAUGAGAGCCAAGGAUUUGUUGGAAAACUCCUCCGCUCCUAUUGACCCUAGCAACAAACAAAGAGACCCACAGUUCCGAAUCGCCACCAAAACCAAACAAGAAAAACUCAGCUUCCUGCAAGACAACUUCAGCUUUAAACCAAGAAUUAACCCAGUGGUGCCUGAUUUUGAAACACUUUACUGGGCGUUUCAGAGAGAAGCAAUAAGGAUACGAGACGUCAAAGAGCCAACUCGUAAUCAACCGUUUAAACUGAGAACCUCCAAUCUCCGCUACAGGCAGAGAGAAGCUAAUGAGGAGAAAAUGAAGCAGCCUUCCAAGGCUCCCAUGCAAAGAAGUCGUUCUCUGACUGGUCUCUCCUCUCUCUCUUCCAACACCCUUCCAGUGCACAUUACAGAUGCAACAAGAAAGAGAGAAUCUGCUAUUAGAUACUGCCAGGAAGACAAAAAGAGCAGGGAGAAUGAAGGAAUUCAUUGGAUGGAGAUACAGAGAAAGAAAUGUCAGGCUAUGCAUAAAUCUAUGAGCAGCCGAGCAAAAGCAAUGGAUCCCCAUAAAAGCCUGGAGGAGAUACACAAGGAGAAGCUGAAACAGAACUGGUCAGUAUCCCAGGCCACACUGAUAGAUAGCUCUUUGCAGCACCCCUGUCAUGAUGCCCGGCAAGAGGCAGAGCGACACUACCGAGACACUCUUUGUCAGGUGGGGCUGAAUGAGGAAUUUGUAAAGAACAAAGGGAGAGAUGCUACUGACCUACCAAAGGAGGAAGAGUCUGAAACUCGCAGAGCUCAGGAGUCUCAGAGGGACACAGACAUUGGCACUGUACAGGAAGAAUCAUCAUCUUAGGAAGAGCAGGGAACAAAGAAUGACAACCUAAGAACCCUGCACAUGACUCAGUGGACCUACUUUCAAUAAUUUCCUUUAGUCCAAGAUGCUUGAGACGAGAGCAACAGUUCCAGACUUCUUACCUGCAUGACCCCAUUUUCAGACUUACUUCUUUUUGUGACCUGACAGCUUUGAAGAUGCCAUUUUGUAGAGCAGCAUGGCAUCUGCCGCACAGCAUGAUCUCACACACUGUACAUGCAAGGUCACAUGGAGCAAAUGGCAUCCUCCACACCUCAUGAUCACCGUAAAUGCAUCUGCUGAUGGCACGAGUGCAGUCCCAUCUGCUGAUGGCACAAUCCCACUUGGAGUCACAACCCAUAGUCUGGGAACCACUGUUCUAGAGUUUCAACAGUAGAACCUCAGAGUUAUGAAUACCUCAGGAAGGGAGGUUAUUUGUAACUCUGAAAUGUUCAUAACUGAACAAAACAUAUGGUUCUUCCAAAGUUUACAACGGAAUAUUGACUUAAUACAGCUUUGAAACUUUACUAUGCAGAAGAAAAAUGCUGCUUUCCCUUCUUUUAGUAGCUUGCUUUUAACACAGCACUCUACUGUAUUUGCUUUCCCCUUUCUCCUCCUCCCACCCCCAGGCUCUGCUGCUGUCUGACUGUGUACUUCCAGUUCCAAAUAAGGUUUGUGACUGGGCAGUUUGUAACUCAGAUUCUCCUGUGUUUCCAACUGACUGACUUGAGAGAGUUCCUUUGUCAUCUAAACCACAGCAAGACUACACACAGGAGUGAGGUGGUGAUGAUUGACUCUUGCUUAGAACACUCCUUGCCCCUCUCCAAUCCCUCAGAAUGUUCCCCAACUGACUCAUUUCCGUGUCCCUUAGUCAGGUUUUCAGGUUUAGAACCAACAGUGAGACUGCUUGAAGGAGGGAGAGAGGAGGGUGAGGGGUUGAGGCACUAUUGCUGAAAAGGAGGUAGAGCUGAAAGCUGAUAUGUUUACUUCCUUUGUACUCAAAAGAUUCUGAAUGGAAAGGGCAAAUCUAGUAGAUCUUAAAAUUCUGCUCUGAAGCUGUCCUUCAUUUUUAUUUCUGUUUCAGGUUAAAUGUGUAUGUCGAAGUGGAUUUUAAAAUAUUUGUACAGAAUAAUAGAUUAUUGGACUGAGUUCUCCUGGGGAGAAGAUUUGAAAAGAAGCUCUUCUCUAGCAUCUCACCUCUACAGCAGCUCUGCUUCUCUCCUAGUGUUCUGGAGACAGUCUUGCCAUAAAUUGCAACCACUUUCCAUUAUAAAGCUCUACUUUAGCCCCUUGUAACUUUGGCUCAGAUCAUGGGUUUGGCCUGAAAGUGGUAUGAUUUACUAAGAAGGGGGUCAGUGCAAGGUUUGAGGAAAUUCAUCACGUUUUGAGCUUUAUGUAAUUAAAAAGCUAUCCUAAUCUGAAGUUUGAACUUCUGUCCAAUGUUCUCUCCUAGCUCAAAAUCAGCUUAAAACCCCUUAAAGCUCCCUAAAGUCAGGUCCUGCCUAUAUGCUGCAAUUAAGCAAAGUUCAUAGAAACGUAGGGUUGGAAGGGAAUUUGAGAGCUCUUCUAAUCCAACUCCUUAUGCUGAGACAGGGCCAGCAAGACUAUUCCUGACUGACGUUUUCUAACCUGUUCUUAAAAACCUCCAAUGGCAGGGAUUCCACCACCUACCUUGAAGGCCUAUUCUAGUUGUUGGUGUCACUAAGCAUAAACCUAAGUAACUUAGGAAAGUGAAAGGCAAUAAGAAUAUAAGGUCUCCCUGUUUCAGGCCUCUAGUGAACAAGAGUCCUUCCAUGUUUAAACUCUCAUCGACCUCAGAGGCUGGCAGAGGGGAAAGGCCAGGUGCACCAGCCCUUAUCAGUUGUAAGGCUGCUCAAACUGGUAUGGAGCAAAAAUAAUGAAGCCUGCAUACUUUUGGUCAAGGGAGAGGAGAUAAUGGUUUACAAAGACAAGGUCGUAAUUCAC